AGAACUGUAAGACUUUGAUAAUUUCCUGAAGGCUUAUCGUUUUAACAUAACUUACUGACCGCGGACUAUUUUCUAAGCGUCGUGGGCACAACGACUUGAUACCCCGUUGUUUCGGGGCCUUGUUGCCCUGAUACUGCGAGAAAACAUGGCUAACAUUGACCCCUAUCGGGUCGACGAAGAGGUCGCUGAUGAUGACGAAGAGGUGGACAUGUCAUUCCUGCCCCCGUUCGCACGGGGGACAGAGAAUGAGAAGCUUUAUGUGGAGAACGCGAAACUUGAGCGGAGGCUCGAGCGGACAGACCGCGCCCUGGAGCAGAACAUGGACCGCCUGCACAUUAUGGACGAGCACUUGAAGAACGUGCAACAGGAGCUGAAGUACACGCAGACCCGGGUGGAGGCCAAGAACAAGGAGAUUGAAAGUGAGAAGCACCUAACUGCCAUGGCGGAGCGGGAAGCGAGUCGUAUUCGUAAGGACGUGGCCAAGAUGACGACUGAGCGCGCUGAACUGGCGGACAAGAUUAACAGCCUACAGAACCAGAUCUACAAGAACAGCGAGAAGCUGGACCAGUUUAAAAUGCUCAUGAACUGGAACCAGGAGGAACUGGAGCAGUGGGCACUAGCGGAGCGGCAGAAGGCGCGUCUGGGGCGAAGCGAAAGGGGGACCCCGGCAGGGGCUGAGGAUAAUGCGGCGCUAGAGAAAUACCGCCACGCGGAUGACGCCAAGGUUAAGGAGCUGACACUUCAGCUGGAGAGGGUCAGCAAACAGGUGGUGGCCCGCAAGGACGAGCUGGAUGGGGAGGUGGUGGAGACGCAAGCGGCCCAGAUCCAGUUGGACAAAGCAGCCGAGGACUUCCGCAAGCUGCAUAUGGAGCGGCAGGAUCUCAUUCGGCAAUGGGAGGAGGCGGUGGAGGCCAUGCGCCAUCGCGACGCCGCCAUCGCAGCAGCUUCCGAACAGUUUGCCAUGCAGAAGGAGGUGCUGCGGGAGCGAAAGCGGGAGCUGGACGCACAGGCGCGCUUCUUGGAAAACGAAGUGCUCAACACUAAGGAGGCGGAUGCGCGGGUGGCCUAUUACGAGCGAGAGGUGGCAAAGCAGCGCGACAUGCUGUCCCGGGAGCAGUCCCGUCAGGAGGACCUGGCCAACCAGGUGGAACUGAUUAAGGCCACCUUGUCAAAGGCAGCAACGGAGCUAGCGAUGCGGACCGCGGAGAACAAGGGCGCGAGGGAGGAGCUGGAUCAGAAGCGUCAAAAGCUGGAUGCCGCCCGCAAGCGGUUUGCUGUGCUGAAACGCAAACUGGAGAACGAGUUUUCCAAUCUUGAUUCUAUGGAGGCGAAGGCCGCUGAGUUGGAGGCGCUGCGCAGGAGCGAGGAGGCCCGUCUCCGGGCCGUCCUCAAGGAGCACGAGCUGCUCAAGAAGGAGCAGUACAAGCGGAGCCAGGUGCUGUUCGAGCUGCGAACCAAGGAGCGCGAGCUCAUCAGCGAAAUCAGUGGCGGCCAGGGCCAGAACAAGAACCUGGCGGCGCGCAUUCACACCCUGGACGAGCAAGUCGUACGGCAACAGGAGCUGCUGUACAACGUGGAGUUUCAGCUGCAGCAGAUGGAGCGCAAGGUGGCGCGUGCGGGCGGUGUGCGUAGCGAGGAGGAGACUCGGGCGCUGAAUGCUCGCAUCGAGAAGCUGACGUCCAUCCUAGAUAGCGUGUGCCAAGAGCACAGCAUGCUGAUGGAGCAGGUCAAGCGGGCGGAGGAGGAUCUGCUGGCGGCUCGGCGUACCAAUGGCGCGCUGCGGGCGGAUAAAGCCAAGCUGGAUGAAACUAUCUCCACGCUUAAACUUGAGAACGACAUGGUGGCGCGGCAGGUCAAGGCUGCUGUGGAGUCCCGCGAGAAGGCGCUAGUGGACCAUGACGUGUUGGCUCUGGAAGUGAAGCGGCUGCGGGACAUCCUAGCAGCGCAUGCGGACGAGGUCUUUAGCCUGGAGAACCGUAAGGCCCAGUUGGCGCUGUCCAUGGAAGAGCGAAAGCAGGAGGUGGAGGUUCACAGGGAUGGUCUCCGCGCGGAGCUGCGCCUGCUGCGUGAAGACGUGCACCGCAUCACGCUGGAGCUCAAGGAGCGGUUAUUGCGCUGCGAAAAGCUGCAAGCCAAGUUUGAGAUUAUGUCGGCCAAGAACAGGGGAGCCACGGAGGAGGAUGGUGAAGAACGGACGCAGGCCUACUUCGUCAUCAAGGCAGCACAGGAACGAGAGGCGCUUCAGCGGGAGGGUGACGACUUAGAUGCUCGCAUUCGCGUGGCGGAGAAAGAGGUCGCGGCCCUGGAAGCCACGUUGGCCCAGCUCAUGGCCUGUAACACAAAUUUCUCGCAUUCGUACAAGAAGGUGAGCAGCAAAGAGGCAUUUGAGGAACGUUCGGCUCUCCGCGAAAAGCUUGACAAGGCGUACGACAAGCUGAAGGCGCGACGAGCAGAUGAGGCGGCCAUCGCUGGCGACAUCCAGGUAGCCGAGGCCCGUCUGAAUAACCUGGCGCAAGAGCAGCGGUCGCUGCAAGGCCUAGUGGACGACAUGUCACGGCGCAAGACUGAGGCGGUGCGGCAAUUAGAUGAGCAGCGCGACAAGCUCCAGCGAGCCUUGACACGGACGGAUCGACUGCGGAACAAAUUAGGCAUCGCCAACUCGCCGCAGGGACAGGACAUUGAGCUAGCGGAGAUUCGUGACGUCACGCGCGCCAUGCUGCUGGAGCUUAAGGCUCUUGCGGGUGCUAAUCCCGGGGUGGGCAUCCUGGAGGCCUGCGAGGCGGCGGGCAUCCGCCUGCCGUCGGGCAACAGCACACCGCCUUCCGCGUCCGGCAGCCGGCCAGUGUCCGCAGCGCGGUCGCAGGGCAGCGCUGGCAGCGGGCGGAGCGGUAGCACUAGCCAUAGGGGCCCCGGCUCACGCUUUGGUGGAGACAGGCCGGGGAGCGCGCUGCGAGGGGGGGCACCCGCGAUACGGACAAUCCAGCUUGGAGCGUCGUGACUUGGGAGCCGAUAGAUAUUAGGGAAGGGAAGAGGGGAGCGGGACAUGUGGUAAGGGAAGGAGGUCUAUCGUAGAUCGUGCGCGUAUGUAGCUAGCUGAGUCAGCAUUCUGCGCCAGGUAUGGACAGAAUACGUAGCAUACUUAGCAUUUCCCUGAGAGAAUUGCAGCGAGUGACUAAGGGUGUGGCGGCUUAGGACCGUGACGUCAUCUGAUAAGCGGAGAACAGCCGCGAUAUAAUCUAUAGCGCAGCGUUACGGCAUGUGGUGCAUCUUUCCCCGAUAAGCACGUAAGUGAACAAUGUACGCAACGAUUGCACUGACUCGUGUACUGGUGGUCAUGGUGUUCAGGGUGGAAUCGGAAUCCCGGUGAGGGAUGAGGUGCUCUGCUCUCAUCUACCAUGUCAUAUAGUUUCAGGCGGGCGUUUGAGCUCAAUUGUCAUGUACCCCUUCAUGGCAAUCACUAAGUUUUUUCCAAGAUUGGGUAUGGUUUUGCACCCCGUGUCACCGACCCCAUGCAUUUGGGCGCGUCGGCAUCGCAAUAAGCCCCAGCGCGCCCACGGCGCCAUUACAAAGAGCACGGCUUUGCAGGUGCAUGCAUCGCCAUGUAGUUUAUGUACGUCACGAGCUUCCCACA